UGUAAACAUGCGAUUAAAUCCGACUGCUAAUGGCGUGCAAGUUAAACUGUGAUAUGUUUUCAUCCCGCUAGCUCGUUUGACAUCGAAUAGUUUAAUAUUGACGUCUAAUGCUGGAUUGUCAACAAAUUAGACAAUAGAUUCUGAAUUAUCACCGAGCCACACAGGCUAACAUUAUCGUGCUAACGUUAGCUUGACAGCGCGGAGCCAUGCCAGCUCAGACUAUAUUCGUUCGUUCUUUACCAGCUGCAGCUUCAAAUCAGCGUCUUGAGGAAAUAUUUUCUGAAAUUGGUCCAAUAAAGCAGUGCUUCGUGGUCAGAGAGAAAGGCACAGAAACAUGUCGGGGGUUUGGCUAUGUCACAUAUUCCAUGGAGGAAGAUGCAAAGCGAGCUUUGAAAGAAGUAAAAGAAUACGACGGACAGAGAGUUUUUCUGUCAGUAGCGAAGAAAAAAAUAAGAGACAAAAAGAAAACAGGACCUGAAGAGCCAAAUGCAGCACCAAAGGAGAAGGAGCAAAAACCCAAGGGCUUCAGGAAUAAACAGAAAUCAAGACUUAUCAUAAGGAACCUCAGUUUUAAGUGUUCAGAAGAUGACCUGAAGGAGGAAUUUGCCAAGUUUGGAACAGUUCUUGAGGCCAAAAUUCCCCUGAAACCUGAUGGGAAGAUGCGAGGAUUCGCAUUCGUCAUGCUCAAAAAUGUGCCUGAGGCAGCAAAAGCGCUUAAUGCUAUGAACCUGAAGGAGAUCAAAGGUCGGCAGGUAGCAGUUGACUGGGCUAUCCCAAAGGACAAAUUCACUGCCACACAGCCAUCCCCAAUUGCAGGAAAUACGACUACAGUAGAGGCAGCUGGAAAACAGUCAGACUCAGAAAGUGACACUGAAGACGAUGAUAAAAGAAACAAACAAGCGGCACCUGCGAAGAAAAAAGUCAAUUCGAAACCAGCUGUCCAACAAGUGGAUGAUGAUGAUGAUGAUGAUGAUGAUGAUGAUGAUGAAGAUGAUAGUAUGGAACAAGACAGUGAGGAUGACGAGGAGGAGGAGGACGACAACGACGACGAUGAUGAUGAUGAUGAUGCGUCCCAGGAGGGAGAAGACGAUGAUGAUGAGAGUAGCCUUGAUUCAAAUGAGGAUCAAGAUGACAGUCAGGAUGAAGAUGAGGAGGAUGAGGACGACGAAGAAAGGGGAUCAGCUCAGAAGAAAGCCUCGAAGAAACUUCUUCCUUCAGAUGUGAAAGAGGGAAGAACAGUUUUCAUCAGGAACCUGUCCUUUGACACUGAGGAAGAGGGUCUUGAGGAAGUUCUCCUAAAGUACGGAGAGCUUAACUACAUAAAGAUUGUUCUCCACCCAGACACAGAACAUUCAAAGGGUUGUGCAUUUGCUCAGUUUAAGACUAAAGAGGCUGCAGACAAAUGCAUGGCUGCAGCACAGGACGAGGCAGAGAAUGGCGGCAUCCGUGUAGAUGGCAGAAAGCUGUUUAUUGUGGCAGCAGUGAGCAGAGAAGAUGCUGCCAAGCUGAAGGUCAAUAAGGCGAAAGUGGAGACGGGCACCAGGAACCUGUACCUGGCCAGAGAGGGAUUGAUCCGUGCUGGAACCAAGGCUGCAGAGGGUGUACCUGAAGCAGACAUGAUCAAAAGAACCAGAUUUGAAGAAGUAAAGAGGGCCAAGCUUCGGGACAUAAACGUGUUUGUGUCAAAGACUCGUCUGUGUGUCCAUAACCUGCCCAAGUCGGUGGACAAUAAAAAACUCAAAGCCCUCUGCCUUCAAGCCAUUAAGGGCGGCAAGGGAGUCCGCAUCACAGAGUGUCGGGUGAUGUAUGACAAGAAGCCACAGAAGGGUCAGACGAUGGGACAGUCAUUAGGCUACGGCUUUGUCCAGUUCCAGGACCAUGAACAUGCUCUCAGCACACUUCGUUACCUCAACAACAACCCUGAUAUCUUUGGGUCACACAAGAGACCUAUUGUUGAGUUCUCCCUGGAGGAUUCGAGGAAACUGAAAAUAAAGGAAUUGCGACAACAAAAAAACAAGCAGUUUUUCCAAAAUCAUCCUGUGAAAGGAGGAGCAAAACCUCAGUCCCAGCCGGCUGGAGAUGGAGCAGGACCUAGGAAAGGUGGAGGAAAAGCACAGUCCUCAUCAGAGCUGACAGGAAACGAGAGAACUCCCCCUCAAAACCAGAAAAAAGACAGAGGCUACUCCGGCUUCCAGACCAACCCUGAGGUCGAGCACAUAGACUUGGAGAAUGGAAAGAAACGAAAGAAGGUUCUACAUCUGCCUUCUCAUCGGGGACCUAAGAUCAGAAUGCGUGAUAAAGGAAAGCAGCAAGCUCCACCACCCAAGAAAGCAAGACCUGGAUCCAACAGGAGAGAGCACCAAAGACAACAGAUGGAGAAGCCCACACAGCCCAGAAACCAGAAGGUUAAAGCAGAAAAGAAACAUUUCAAGAGAAGGGACGGAGACCCUUUUGACAACCUGGUGGAGCAGUACAAGAAGAAACUGAUGGGUAACAAUGACAGGAACACCAUUAUCAAAAGAAACAAGUGGUUUAAUAGUUAAUACUGUGCGUGUGUGUACUGUAUAUUUGUAUUUUUGUGUGUGUGAAAGAGAAAAUGUGCUGGAAUCUUAAGUCUUUAAGGCUCCAUAUUUAACAUCCUGAGGUUUUACAAUAAAUACAAUACAAUAGUUCUUUUUUUUUCAGAUUAUACAGUAUGUGAUACCCAUCUACUGUACGGUUACUUAAAUUCCAUCAUCCUGUUCCUGCAUUUUCGUAAUCCAUGCUCAUGGAAACACGGAGCAAACUAUUUUACAAUCCAUGUUUGUUUAUUACCACGAAAACAAGCUGAAUUAUGUAAGGAUAGAGUUUUUCUGUGUAUGUCUUUUUAAGAAAAUAUACAAAAACACUUGAAUUAGUGUUUUAUUGUUAAUCUUUACAUUUUUGUAUUAAAUCCUCAUUUGUUUCAGGA